AUGUUUGUGUUUCAGCGGGGCGGUGAGGCUACGUAGCGCGCUAACGCUGCUGGGCCGCUACCAGAACCAGGACUGCUGCUUCAGGAUCCUGCAGGCGUCUCCGUUCCUGCUGGCACUGACUGGAAACAGCCGGAACCUUCGUCUCCGCUGAUCCGGAGGCUCCGCCCCUUUUCUCCAUGUGGAGGCGUGUCCUGUUCGGGCUCCGCCCCCCCUCCUUGUUGGCCCCGCCCCCCCGGCGCCGGCUCCACGCGGGCCAGCGCGCCGCCCUCUCCAGAACCUUCUCCCCCCGGGACCUGGAGCUGUUCGCGGCGCUAACGGGCGACGCUAACCCGCUGCACCUGGACGCCGCCUACGCCGCACGCACCGCCUUCGACUCGCCCAUCGUGCCGGGCGUGCUGCUCACGGGCCUGAUGGCGGCGCUGCUGGGGACCCGGCUGCCCGGGCCCGGCACCGUGCUGCUGCACCAGGAGAUCCGCUUCCCGGCGCCGCUGUACCCGGGGGAGGAGGUGACGGCCGAGGCCGAGGUCCGCCGGGUCAAGAUGGCCUUCGCCUUCAUCGCCGUGUCCGCCUCCGUCAGGGACAAGCUGGUGAUGGAGGGGGAGGUGGUGGUGAUGGUGCCGGAGGGGAGGGGGGUGACUGUAAACUAAUACAAGUAAAUGCACUUAUUUUCA